AUGGACUUAGGUCACAAGCAAGGACUGGGAGCCCCUUGUCUAAAAUGCAAAGAGAACUGUGCAGGGUUUGAACUACACUACUGGAAGAAAAUAUGUCGUAACUGCAAAUGUGGACAAGAAGAGCAUGACAUACACCUGAGUAAUGAGGUGGGGCAGAAAGUGGUGAGACUCUUGGAAGACAUCAACCUGAUUGCCAAGAUGAAAUUAGGUGCAACUCCCAAGUACAAAUCCAGUGAUAUGAUAGUGACCAAUCCAACUGAUGCGGAGAAGAAUCAUUCCAUCAACACUGUUACCUAUGAGUGGUAUCCUCCUGUCCAGAACCAGGAACUGAUCAAGAAGUACAUGCAGAUGUUGCCUAAGGAGAAACGGCCAGUAUCAGGUUCAGAAGGAGCACAGUACCUGAAGCAGCAGCUGGUGAAGCAGCUUCCUGCACACGACCAGGACCCUUCUAAGUGCCAUGAGUUGUCUCCCAAUGAGAUAAAUGAGAUGGAGCAGUUUGUGAAGAAAUAUAAGAGUGAGGCUCUGGGAGUGGGUGAUGUGAAACCUCUCUCUGAUUUGAGUGCUCAAGGUGAUAAGGUGGACAACCCUGCUGAAGACAAUAAUACCACAGCAGCAAUGGGUUCCAAGGACAAAUCUGUGGAGUCCAAGAAGACCCACUAUUCCUGUUACAGCUGCAAACACGCCAUGAAGGAAGGAGACCCCGCCAUCUUUGCUGAAAGGUCAGGCUAUGAUAAAUUCUGGCACCCAGCUUGUUUUAUCUGCAGCACCUGUGGUGAAAUCCUGGUCAAUAUGAUUUAUUUCUGGAAGAAUGGGAAGCUAUACUGUGGCAGACAUUACUGUGAUAGUGAGAAGCCCCGCUGUGCUGGCUGUGAUGAGCUAAUAUUCAGUAAUGAAUACACUCAAGCAGAAAACAAAAAUUGGCAUCUGAAACACUUCAGCUGCUUUGAGUGCAACAACAUCUUGGCAGGAAAAAUAUAUGUUAUGGUCAGUGGCAAGCCUGUGUGCAAGCCCUGCUACAUGAAGAACCAUGCUGUGGUAUGUCAAGGAUGCCACAAUCCCAUUGACCCAGAAGAGCAGAGAGUGAUGUACAAUAACUUCAGCUGGCAUGAGUCCACAAAGUGUUUCCUAUGCUCCUGCUGCAGCAAGUGUCUUAUUGGGCAGAAGUUCAUACCUGUAGAAGGGAUGUUUUUAUGUUCCAUGGAGUGUAAGAAGAUGAUGUCCUAA